AUGUCUGCCGAAGAAGAAGAUAAAGCUCUGGCCAGUUUCUCACAUAUCUCCAUCAAUCGAGACGACGCCGAAGGACAUGAUGCGCAAGAAUCCACUACACCCCUUAGCAGCAGUGGAUGGGAUGGAAAAUUACGUGUAGAGAAGGAGAAGGGCAAGAAGUUAGAACUUGCCAAUCCGGAGGCAAUUUCUGAUCCCGAGUAUUCGGAUGAGGAGAAUGUUCAUCCGGGGGAGGUAAUAGAUGCCGAUGAAGAUCUCCUCGACGACUACCCCCUCGACACGGAAGAAAUAGACCUAGUUCACGCACGUAUUUCAUCCAUCCCCUCUCUGCGCCUCUCCCGCUUCCCCCAAAUCCAACGACUCUGUCUCCGACAAAACACCAUCACCACCAUCGAAGACCUCUCUCGCCUCUCCCUUACCCUCACCGACCUCGAUCUAUACGACAACCUAAUCGCGCACAUCCGCGGCCUCGAAGAGCUCACGCACCUCACCUCCCUCGACCUCUCCUUCAACAAACUAAAACACAUCAAGAAAAUCUCGCACCUCAUUUCCCUCACCGACCUCUACUUCGUACAGAACAAACUAACCCUCAUUGAGAACCUCGACGGACUCUCCAAACUCCGCAACCUAGAACUGGCCGCGAAUCGAAUCCGCGAGAUCCAGGGUCUGCACACCUUAGUAUCCCUCGAAGAACUCUGGCUCGGCAAGAACAAAAUCGUCGAGAUUAAAAACUUAGACGCGCUGCAGAAUCUCAAGAUCCUGAGUAUACAAAGCAAUCGGAUUCGCGAGAUCACCGGGCUCGACAAACUUGCUUCCCUAGAAGAACUAUACAUUUCACACAAUGCGCUGACCACGCUUUCUGGCCUGGAAUCCUGUUCUCAACUGCGCGUUCUGGAUAUUUCGAAUAAUCAAGUAUCGUCUCUGGCCGGAAUCAAGGGAUUAAAGGAGCUGGAAGAAGUCUGGGCUAGUUAUAAUCAGAUUGGGGAUUUUAAUGAUGUAGAGGAAUAUCUGAGAGAUAAGGAGAAGCUGAAUACCGUUUAUUUUGAGGGGAAUCCAUUGCAGUUGAGGGGGCCAGCGUUGUAUAGGAAUAAGGUGCGCUUGACGCUGCCACAGGUUAUGCAGAUCGAUGCUACUUUUGUUAGGGUUUCAUAG